AUGGAGAAACAGAAGUUGAAGACAUUGCUAAAAGGUGUAAGGAGGAUUAGUUUGACCACAGAUUUAUGGAAUUCUGACAACCAAAAGUUAGAGUAUAUUGUUUUGACAGGGCAUUGGAUAGAUGAUAAUUGGAAGUUGAACAAACGGGUUCUUAACUUUGUUCAUUUACCUAUUCCAAAAGGUGGUGUGCAGAUUGCUGAUGCAAUUUACAAAUGUUUGGCAGAAUGGGAGAUUGAAGACAAGGUCCAAACGAUAUCAGUGGACAAUGCUACUAGUAAUGAUGUGGCAAUUAGGGUGUUGAAGCAAAAUUUUACAAUAACAAGGCAGUUGAGUUGUGGGGGUAAAAUGUUUCAUGUCAGAUGUUGUGCACACAUCUUAAACUUGAUGGUGCAAGAUGGUCUUUCACAGAUUAGGAGAAUCAUCAACAAGAUCCGUGACAAUGUGGUAUACAUUAAUGGUUCAGAGGGUAGGCUGAAGGUUUUUGCAGAGAUUGUGCAACAAUUGCGUUUGCCAUGUCGAAAACUUAUCAUUGAUUGUAAAACAAGGUGGAAUUCAACUUAUGACAUGUUGGAAAUUGCAAUUAAGUUUAAAGAAGUGUUUCCAAGAUACAAAGAAAGGGAUGAGGGUUACGAACAUUGUCCAAAUAAAGAAGAUUGGGUGAAAGUAGAGAAAGUCUAUGAGAUUCUAAGGGUUUUUAAUACAAUGACCAAUAUCAUCUCAGGGACUAUAUUGGACCCUAGGUACAAAAUGAGGGUGAUUGAGUUUUCUUUCCCUAAGAUGUAUUCUGAUGUUGAGGCACGGGCAAAUGCUACAACUGUUCGGGAUACUUUGUAUGAGGUAUAUGGGGAAUAUGCUAAUGAUUGUCAGUCAUCUAGUGUAGUCCUCAGAGGUAAAAUUGAAAGGGUUGGACUUGAAGUCAUUCCCGAGGGGUCCAUGGGAGGAGCUGAUGAUUGGGAAUUUGAUGAUUUUCUGGAUGAGGCGAAUGCUUUGAAGUACCCUAUCUUGUCUAGGAUGGCUCGUGAUAUACUAGCUAUUCCCAUCACUACAGUGGCUUCAAAGGCUACUUUCUGCGCCGGUAGUAGAGUUAUUGACACAUAUCGAUCUUCGUUGUCUCCCGAAACAGUGGAAAUGUUGUUAUGUGGAGCGAUUGGUGUCGCAUUUUAA